AGAUAAAUCCUUGGGAGAAUGAUGUAAUUAGCUCGACCAUGCGUCCUGGGCGCUCACGUUGGAAGCUACCUUGAGGCUGAGUGAAAUUAUCACAAUCGUGGGAUUGCACUCGAUUAUCUGCCCAAGAAUGUCACAGUCUGACGUCCCCAUCGAUACCCUCCUAAUUUGGGCUCGCUUCAAUGGGGUCGUCUUUGACGGAGCUGCUAUCACGCAGACUGAAGGGAAAGGGUAUGGCCUUGUAGCCCAGAGAGAUCUACAAGCCAAAGAUGGUGAAGACACCACGGUCUUACUGUCAGUACCCCGUGAGCUUCUUUUGAACUCCGAGUAUGUGGAGCAGUGUUCCAAAACGGAUCAACGGUUCAGGGAUCUGUUUGAUGCUGCAGGCCACCAGUCGCCCAGGCAAGAUGUUAUUCUCUUCCUAAUGGCUCAGAUUAUUCACAUCUGGGCCAGUGAUGAAGGCGGUGGGGUAUCAAAUCCCUGGACUCAAUAUAUAAAGUAUCUUCCCCGGACGGUUCCGCUACCUACCCUGUGGAACGAGGAUGAAAGACAACUGCUCAGGGGUACAUCUCUCGAGGCCGCCGUCCAUUCCAAGUUGAGGGCACUGGAAAACGAGUUCGACAACCUUCUGGAAAAGGCUGCAGAGAUACCAAGCUGGAAUGAGGUUCUCUGCGAGAAACAAGUCGUGACAGUCAGUGAUUACGCACGCCUGGAUGCCUGGUAUCGCUCAAGAUGCAUGGAGUUGCCCGCCUCCGGACCGACGAUGGUGCCAUGCAUCGACAUGGUCAACCACGCAGCGAUCCCCAAUGCUUCGUACGUCAAGAGCAGCGAUUGUGGUGUCAAUCUCUGUCUGCGCUCUGGUGCUGUGGUGAAAAGCGGGCAAGAAAUCACCAUCUCUUAUGGGGAAAAGAAGUCAGCCGCAGAAAUGCUUUUCAGUUAUGGCUUUGUGGACUCGGAAGCCGCAGGUGAUGAAAAGAUACUUGUCCCCGUCGAGCCACCAGGAGACGAUCCGCUUGUCAUGGCAAAAACUCGCAUCUACGGAGAAGCGCCGACAGUUCGCAUAUCGAGAUGUCAGGAUGGUGGUGUUCAAUGGGAAUGCCCGUUUGCCUAUCUCUUGAGUCUCAACGAGGAAGAUGGCCUUGGUAUCCGUCUCCUGCAGCUGAACGACGGGUGCAGGGAGAUUCGACUGUUCUGGGAGGAGCAAGACGUUACUGGCUCAGUCAAAUCCCUGCAGGACGUCACUAAAGAACAUCCUCGUAGCAAGAUCUUCCAACUCCGAACGGUGGUAAUUGUGCAGGAAACUGUCCAUGCCCAGGUCGAGAGGCUAUCUACGGGGACUGGCGACCAUGGCACUACAACAGGUGUACGCCCCAGUUGUAGAUCUGCAGCUCUAAAUCUUCGGGAGACCGAAGAAAGGCUGCUUAGGGAUGCAGCUGACGUUCUCGAAACAGAGAAGACGAAGCUCCUAGAGAACGAAACAAUCCUUGCAUAUCUCGGACGAGCGGAAAUUUCCCAAAACGACCUAGCGGAUAGCGGUCCAGCCAAUGAGGAAACGGAUUUUAGCUGAUCUUGGGCCGAACCCGACCAGUUCAUAGCCGAGCCCCACGUGGCUGCUAACCCACCACGAUCCAAAGUCUGGGGCCCCAGAAUGUCAAGCUUGUCACGAUGUUCGGGGUCAAUUGAGAAACCAGGCUAGGCUAGCUCGUUUUCAAUUUAGUUAAAGUAUAAACUGAAAUACAUAUUUUCCCAAGCGA